AUGUCGCUCGAGAAGACUUCAAGAGCGGGCUCGCCCAGCGAGCUCGACGGCCACGCAGGUCCACACUCUUCUACCGGCGAGCACGACGGUGCUCACUCCACCAACUCUCUCAAUCACGACAACGAGAAAGCCACAAAUGACCCAAACGCAGCUCCCGAUGGUGGUUUCCGCGCUUGGAUGGUUGCAGCUGGCUCUGCGACAAUCUUUUUCUGCACUCUUGGUCUUUCCAACUCAUUCGGCAUCUUCCAAGAAUACUACAUGACGCAUCAGUUGCAGGGCCAGUCCGCUUCCAACAUCUCUUGGAUCGGUUCCACGCAGUCUUUCCUCCAGUUCUUCACCGGCAUGCUCGCGGGGCCCUUGUUCGAUCGCCAUGGCGCUUUGAUCAUGUACCCCGCCGCCGUCCUCUAUGUCUUCGCUCUUAUGAUGCUUUCCCUCUGUUCCAAGUACUGGCAUUUCAUGCUGGUCCAAGGCAUUCUCAUGGGACUCGUCCAAGGCUUCCUCCAAAUCCCCGCCUUCGCCGCCGUCGCCCAGUAUUUCGAUAAGAAGCGGGCUGCUGCGCUUGGUCUUGCGGUUGCUGGCUCGUCUGUCGGCGGCGUCGUCAUGCCCAUCAUCUUGUCAAAGUUGCUCAACAGCUCGCCCAUCAGCUUCGGCUGGUCUGUGCGCAUCGUCGGCUUCAUUGUCCUCUUCUUUAUGACCUUUGCCGUCAUCUCCGUCAAGCCUCGCGUGCCGCCCCGAAAGACGAAGCUCUUCUUACUCGACCCCUGGAAGCAGACCCGUUUCCUUAUGUUCACCGUCGCGCUUUUCAUCAUCUUCGUGGGUAUGUUCACACCCAACUUCUACCUCCCUACCUACGCCGUCUCCAAGGGUAUGGGCGCCGCACUCGCCGGUUAUCUCAUCGCUAUCAUCAAUGCUACCUCGACUUUCGGCCGUAUUGUUCCGGGUAUCUUGGCAGACAAGUAUGGCAACCUGAACACCUUCUCCAUUGGCUCUAUCGCCACCGGUGUCAUUGUUUUCUGCAUGACAUCUGCCACUGAUAAUGCCGGCAUCAUUGUGUACGCCGUUUUCUUCGGCCUGGGCUCGGGAACUAUCAUGUCUGGCGCUGCUGCAUCGCUGUCCCGGUGUGCUCCCGAUCCUAGCGAGGUGGGAACGUACAUGGGUAUGGGUAUGGCUGUGGCGGGUGUCGGUGCCCUGAUCGGACCUCCUAUCAAUGGUGCAAUCGUCGGAGCUACAGGCAACUUCUUUGCGGUCUCUAUGUUCAGCGGUGCGAUUACCGUUGCUGGCGGUCUUUUCGCCUUCACCAUCAAGACUACGGACAAGGCUGGUCUCUGGGGCAAGGCCUAA